UGUUGCUUUACUUAAGAACAAGCCCGGCAUUAUCAGGAGAGUGGGAAGCAGAGGCCAACGACUCUCUUAUCACAAGAGGGACGCUCUUAGUCGCUGGUAACCUUCCCUCGCGUAUAGUGGGACCAAAAUGCUGAUUGGAGUUAUUGUGGUGUUUGUUUUAGGCCUGGAACUCUGCACGGCCUGUGAUAUGGACCAGACUAAGCAAGGGUGUCGCAUACAGAACAAAGCAUGUUCCUGUGGGUUCGGCUGCAUAUCUGAGUAUCGUUACGACACGAUGGCGGAGUGCCAGAACGCCCUUCGAGGCAAGAGACGCGACAUCUGUAACCCCAAUCCGUGCCUGCAUGGGGGCUCCUGCAUCCAGAUUUCGCAACGGCCCAAAUACAAGUGCAGAUGUGAGGGAACGGGCUAUUUCGGACUACGAUGUAGCAGAGCAUGUCCCACGCCCGGGGUUGGCCCCACUGACGCGGUGUUCCCCUACGAAUGUAUAGAAAUAUGACGACGUGCCUCUGUAUUGUACUUUUAAAUAAAAAGCGUUUUUUUAAUAGUA